AUGAUGUGGCACAAAGGAGGGAUGCCUGUUAGCAUGCGCGCUUGUACAGAACAGGAAAAAGGUUCUCGCUCCUGGAGAUUUGAGGGAUUUGAGUCCCGCUUGGCCACUGCCUCCUCCCGGAUACAAAUAAAGGAGAAUUCUUCCAUCUGCAAAGAUGUCACUCAGUACGAGACACUGGCUGAGCAGCUGGUUCAACUUCACAGUGAAAUCAAGUCAAAGUGUCGACGAUUACAG